AAACAUUGAAGAGUUCCAUUGUUUAUGUUUUCCUUUCAAGAUUGAUGAUGGGGGACACAGAGGAAGAAAGUCUCCUGUCCUGGAGUUCUCUGCCUGACCAUAUUAUUGUCAAAAUAUUUUCUUACCUGAACCUCCAUGACAAAUUCCAGGCAUCUUUUGUGUGUAAGUCUUGGAAUGACUGCUUCCAUUUCCCAGUUCUGUGGGCAGAUUUUGUUUUUCUCAUUCAAGAUGACAGUGAUAGACAGAUUAGUAGACACAAGAAGUGCUUGGAAAUGCAUGGUAGCCAUUUAAAGAAUGUUUUGAUGAAAAUUGAUCAAAGUAAACCAAAAUGCAGAUCUGCUGCAUGUGAUAUUUUGAAUGGCAUUGCUAAUCUUCCCAACAGAAAACUGUCUUCCAUAAAAAUUGACUUUACGGGUGAGAAUCCUCUAUUCUAUGCUGGUGCUGAAUUUGUGCAAUCUUUAAAGAAAUUAUUUGGGUGCAAUCCUGAAGAUAUUGAAACACCUACACAGUCAUUAGUCAAUGUUGAUUUAAGUGGAAUGCCAGUUGCUUUUAAUGAUGAGGUGAUUAAUCUUUUGUCCACCAACCAUCCAAAGUUAGAGAGUCUAAACAUUUUAAACAAAGUCUUAGUGUGCAAAGUGUCACCGGAUUCCAUACUUCAAUUAGUUAGGAAAUGCAGAAAGCUGAAAAAGCUGUUCUUGUUCCACUGCAGCAUGUCAGACGACACUUUGGUGGCUUUGGCAGAAGACAGGAGAGCUCCACUGGAGGAACUUGGCAUUUCUUGUAGAAGGGAACAGAAAUAUGGAGGUGACUUAACCUCAGAGGCGUGGCAACAGCUGAUGACGAAGUUACCCAAACUGAAAGUAAUGCUGUCUUUUGAUCACACCUGUCCACUUCACCUGGUCUCUCAGAUCAUGAAACCAGAAAUCCCAGUCCAUGUUCUGAAUCUGCAGACCUUUACUAUGAUUUACGAGGAGGUGAACCAGGCUACAACCUAUUAUAAGAAUACAUUGGAGGUGGUGGUUCUACAAACAAGGAAUUCCCCAGAGCUGGGGUCAGCUCUGGUGAAUCUGGCGAGGAACUGUCACAACCUUCACACACUGAUUGUGUACUGUGUACUUAAAAAAGAGGUCGUAGAGGAAAUUCUGGCACUGAGGCCAAAAAUGAAAGAAGAUGGAACUUAUAUCUUGAAGUGGAAGCCCCAGGCUGAGCCUUGGGUUGUUGGGUUGGAAGAGGGAGAUUAAGAUUAUUAAAGCUUUAUAUAUCUGUAGCUUAAUCUAUAGAGAGGAUUUGCCUAUUAGAUGUUUUAUAUGACUGCAUUUUGUAACUACUUAUUAACUUAAUUAUUGUUGGAUGUUAUUUCUUCACAUUUUUUAAUGUAAUAUACAUGUAGACAUAAAAUAUCAUACUUGUUUUAUAUCAGUUAGUCUU